UUAUUUAUUACAUAAAACCUUAGACUAAGGCAUAUUAUGUCGACAAAAUUCAACGCGUACUACGUAACGGUGUCGUACGCUAGAGUAAAGUAGUCUCGUGCUCGUUUGUGUCGUACUCGAAAGAACAAUGGCUCCUCGAGAUCAACCAAAACCUGCGCCUAAGCUUCAGCGAAAUAUUAUAAAAACAAGCGCUACAAAAAGGACGUCGUCAGUUUCAAACACAACUUCCAGUAUUAAAAAGACCAUUACGACCAGAAAGACGUCAGAAAAAACUCCUUUGAAAGUAAUCAACAUGACGACAGACUCAAGACAGAGGACCAAUACAGUCCCGAAAGUUGCUACUCCAAAGCCCAAAGAGAAUAAAACAGCCACAGUGCCUGAAAGUGUUACAAAAAGUGGCAAAAAACUGUGGAAACGGCGCCCCAAACCAGCACAUUCUGGGGUACCUGUACCAGAGAAAAUGAAAAGGAUGCUAAUGGGGAUGCCACGACUCUGUAGUGCAUCCGACGUGUUCACGGAGGCGCACACAAUAUGGCCUUCAUGCCAUUAUUCGCAAGAGGGCUGCCUCACUCAUGAUGUGUGUGCGCGGCAGCACUAAUAGCAUCCUAGCCGUUGUUGCCAACAGGCUGGAUUACCCCUACCAACAACAUUGGGUGCAACUACACGUGCGUUGGGUAGUGAUCUAGAUGUGGCAUUUCUCUGGCAUUAAGUAAUUUAGUGUUCUACUAACCAUAGCAUGUAAGAAAAAUUGACUGUAUUACUAACAUUACUAUGGAUCAUGGUAUGUAAUAAAUAAUUCUGAUUUAUUCUAUAAUACAGGACAAUUUUUGAAAUAGUUUAGUAUUAAUUUUAAUAGUAAGCUUUGAGACUAUGUUUUAGUUUUAAGAAAUGUGCC